AUGCGAGAAACUAUGAAGAAAAUGUUGUAUGACCUUAUAAGGGCUAGUGAUGAGAUGGAGUACCAUCAAAGAUUGAAACAACUUGAGGAUGCAUGUGUUGACUCCAAAGAUUUUAUUGAUUAUGUGAUUGACACAUGGUUGACACCGCAUAGACAUCGAUUUGUCGAAGCAUGGAUCAAUCAAGUGGAGUCUGCGCAUUGGAAACUUAAGCAAAUGUUAGAGAAUAGCUUAGGUGAUUUAUGCAAAUGUUGGGAGGCUAUGAAUGACAAUAUCAAGAUACAAGUGGGAAACAUUAGAGCUUCAUUUCAGAAGAGUUUUUAUGAAGUCGAGCAUUCACACACUAGUCCUUUUUAUGCAAAUUUGCGUGGUUCAGUAUCAAGAGCUGCAUUGAGGAAGAUUGCUGAAGAGUGGAUGAGGAUUGACAUGGUAGGUACAAAUACUCAAAAGUGCGGAUGUGCUCAUAGAAAAGUACAUGGGUUACCAUGUGCUUGUGAGUUAGGGAGAUAUACAUUGAGUGGUGAUGCGAUGCCAAUUGAGGUUAUUCAUAUUCAUUGGAGAAAACUAAGUAUGGAAGGUAAUCAAUAUGUAGAUGCAGAUGAUGGAUCAGAAAUAGACAUGACCAAUGCAAUCGAUGAAAUUUGGAAAAGGUGGAGGUCACUAAAUGUUGUUGGAAAAAGAGCAUUAAAAACCAGAGUGUGUGAGAUUGCUUAUCCGACUACAACAAAGAUGUGUCCACCGCCUGAAAAAAUUAAAAGCAAAGAAGGGGUGAAGAAGAAAGUGAGGAGACAUGUGGGAUAUGAUGUUUAUCGUGAUCCUUCGGGAUAUGAGUAUGUUAAUCAAGCACACUCGAGUUCUCAAAAAUCUUCAAAGAGGUUAUGUUCUCAAUUAUCCCAAACAUCAAAAAAUAAAGAAUCUGAUAAAUACAUUGUACAAUUUCCAGAUUACAUCAGACCAUUUAUUGAUGACAUUGUUGAUGUAAGAGAUGAUGGAAAUUGUGGGUUUAGAGCCAUUGCAUCUUUGCAUGGUUAUGGCACAGAUGGAUGGUCAAUGGUUCGUCAGGAUUUGGAGAAAUAA